AUGAAUGAGACGAAGGAGUCCCUGCGAGGCAUCGAGCAGAAGUAUAAGCUGUUCCAGCAGCAACAGUUCACGUUCAUCGCUGCUCUGGAGCACUGCAGGGAGAACGCCCACGACAAGAUCCGGCCCAUCUCCAGCAUCGCACAGGUGCAGAGCUACAUGGAACAUUACUGCAACAACUCCACGGACCGGCGCAUUCUGCUCAUGUUCCUGGACAUCUGCACAGAGCUAAACAGGCUGUGCCAGAACUUCGAGGCCCUGCACUCUGGCACCCCGGUCACCAACAACCUGCUCGAGAAGUGCAAAUCCCUGGUUAGCCAAAGCAAUGACCUAAGCAGCCUGCGAGUGAAGUACCCUCACGAUGUGGUGAACCACCUCAGCUGUGACGAGGCUAGGAACCACUACGGAGGCAUCGUCAGCCUCAUCCCCAUGGUCCUAGACUUGAUGAAAGAAUGGAUCGCCCACUCGGAGAAGCUGCCCCGCAAAGCUGUGCAGCACGGGGCGACUUAGAUUCUGUAUUCUUGCUUCCUCGGGGGCGACCGUCAAGAAUAAAAAAUGUUCUCCCACC